GCUUCGUUCACUUUCCCACCACCGGAAAGCUGCCGUCAGGCGCUUCCGCCUUCCGGGACGUACGCUGUCGCAAAGCGGAAGUGUGAGGUUUAGCGGGCGCCGGCGCCCGGAAGGUCAGCGUGUGAAGGAGGUGGUUGUUACGCGGGUCUCCCCACUAUUACAGAGGAGAAACGGGCGAGCACGCGAUCUCGGCCUGAAGCGGCGGGGAGAAGCAGACGGGCAGUUUGCUGCAACACCAUGGAGGGCGGCGGCGGAAGCGGCAACAAAACCACAGGGGGGUUGGCCGGCUUUUUCGGAGCCGGUGGAGCAGGCUACUCGCACGCGGAUUUGGCCGGAGUCCCGCUAACUGGUAUGAACCCUCUGUCUCCUUAUUUAAACGUGGAUCCACGGUAUCUCGUGCAGGAUACAGAUGAGUUUAUUUUACCAACUGGAGCUAAUAAAACCCGGGGCAGAUUUGAACUGGCCUUCUUUACCAUUGGAGGAUGUUGUAUGACAGGGGCUGCAUUUGGGGCAAUGAAUGGUCUACGGCUAGGACUGAAGGAAACCCAGAACAUGGCCUGGUCCAAACCAAGAAAUGUACAGAUCUUGAAUAUGGUGACCAGGCAAGGGGCACUUUGGGCUAAUACUCUAGGUUCUCUGGCUUUGCUCUAUAGUGCAUUUGGUGUCAUCAUUGAAAAAACACGAGGUGCAGAAGAUGACCUCAACACAGUAGCAGCUGGAACCAUGACGGGCAUGUUGUAUAAAUGUACAGGUGGUCUUCGAGGGGUGGCACGAGGCGGCCUGGCAGGACUAACCCUUACGAGCCUCUACGCAAUAUAUAAUAACUGGGAGCACAUGAGAGGCUCCUUGCUCCAACAGUCUCUCUGAAGAUUACUAGCUGGUGAACGGAGGACACUUUAGUAGUCAUCCAGAUCAAUUUAUAAGUCAGUCUGGAGUCAUUUACUCUUUUACCUGCAACUAGUUUGAAAAAGGAGAUUCCAGUUUGCUGUGAUGAAGAUCAUGGAUGGUUGACCAGGACUGGCACUCCUUCCAGCCAUUAAUGAGUUGAAGCCAAAAUCCUUUGGUGGCUGAGUAAUGUGGUUCUCUUCUCCUUUAAAGAAGAUCUUGCACCUGUUUUUUCUCCUACCCCCCGAACUGGAAAACCACUUACUCCCAGAAUUCAGGUCAUGCUUGUCAAUGCUGUAUCACCACAUUUGUUCAUUUAAUAAUCCAAGACUGUAAUACUGCCCUGUAUUCCCAAUAAAGGGUAAAAACGGAACCAAAGUC